GUUGGGCCGCUCAGGAGGCCUAUGCAAAAACUUUACAUGGGCCAAGCUGAGGCCCAUAUACUUCCCCUUUUGUGUUUGUUUCCUUUCCUUUCCUAGUAGAGGUCGAGGGAGGGUUGCUUUCUCCACUUGCGUUGCGUCCGCUGCCAUUGUCACUCUUCUCCGUCUCCGUCUCCAUCUCCGGUCAGAUAGCCCCUUAUCGCCGGCGAUCUAGAAGCGAGAAAUCCCAACAAAUAGACAGCCAGAGAACCUGCUCGGCUCGGCUCGGCUCGGUCGCCUUCCCCUUUUCUGGGAGUUGGCUUGUUUGGUUGGAUCUAAGCAAAGGCCUAACCCGCGGUGAUCUUCCGCCUCCCAUCCCAUGGACGGCGCGAGCGGCAGCGGGGAGCCAACGGCCAACGGGGAGAAGAAGCCCGACGAGCAACACUUCGAUCCCAGCCAAAGAAUAAUCAAAAGGAAGGCCUUGAUUAAAGAACUGGCUGCUGCUUACCAUGCUGAGUGUGUGGCAUGCUGUGAAGAGCUUCUGCAGCUCCAGAGAAAGUGGGAGGAGGAGCAAUAUGUUGAAUUUAAGAUGGCUGAUGAAGCGCCGAGGACGUUGAUGGUGAAGUCUUCCAAGCGCAGGAAAAGAUAGCUUUACAAGGCAUGAAUUUGACAGGAGCUCUAGAUGUUGGAUGGAUCUCCUACAAGUUAAACAGAAAGAAGCUCUAUGUAGUUUGAUACUUUUUGGUAGAUAGUCAGUCUAUUCUGGGUGCUCGAUUGUUUUUUAAACAUUGUACUAGCUGCUUCAGCUUGCUAGGGGUAUCAACUUGGCCGCUGUAUCUUCGUCA